UUAGGAACUGGAGUGGCUGCUGGAAUCCAGAAUGAGGAAGUGUGACUGUCAAAUCCCUGUUUGAUAAGUGUGUUGCUGCCAGUAAAGACAGGAUGAUGACAGCUGAUCUAGGAUCGUGUAACUGAGGUCAAAGGUAAAGGGAGAUUCUCUUUUAUUCUUUAAGGCAGACUGAUAGAAAAAGGCUGUUUAUAGGAAGUUUCUAAAACAAAUCUCUCACAGAUCCAAGGAAUAAAAUAAUUUUCAUUUAUAUUCAGUUUAAAGAUUUGUAGUUUAAUGUACAUUUUAAAUUGUCUUAGUAUCACUUUUUACUGUUUUUUUGGUAUUACUUUUCAUGCAUUUUUAAAAUAGAAAUAAACAUUGCCGUAACAAUUGCAGUCUGUUUGUGUGAAAGAGAGGUGUGACUUGUACAUGUACUCACCUGUGUAGCUAAUCAUUUUUGUGAGAACAGCAAUAACAGCUUACAUUAUAUUCGCUUUCAUUACUUUUGCUCAUUGGCCCAUCAACAAUCUCAUAGCUUGUUUUGAUUGAGAAUAUCAACUAUGCCAGAUUAUUGAUGUUAGUUUCCUUCUAUUCUUACCUUUCAGCCAUUACAGAAACUGGAUGAAGAGUCAUGGCUCCUGUUGAGGAGGGUCUGGUUCCCUGGUUAUCAGGUUGUUCUUCAUCUCUUCAGAUUAGUAUUGUGUCAGCCUUCUUCAUCAUCAUUUAUGUCACACUCUACAGCCUUUGUACAAGCUGUUUCAGUAUGUUUGACAGUGCAUCAUCCAGCCAUUUACACAGACAAGAGAAAAGAAAUAUUCCAUUGGCAUCUCCACAAAAUAAACUACCUGAGUCCCAGGGUGCUGAAUAUAUCCCAGCUGCCAAGGAUCUAUCUGAUUCUGAUCAUAUAUACUCGGAGGCUGAACUGAAUGAGGAAAAUCCUUACGAGUGCAUUAGAGAGCCUCCAUAUGACAAAGCUAAAGGGGAGAAUGAGAGCCCUUCCACAGCAAUGACAAAGCCUGAUGAUAAUCACUCUGUCUCAGCCCUCAACAAACAGGCAGUGGAGCAGCGUCUCUCUUCACCUCACACCCAUGAUCUACAUUUGACCGGCUCAGUUGUUUAUGCUGCAGUGAACUGGAAAAACAAAAGCACAAAACCUCUGUUUUAUACAGAUACUGUGGUUGAAAUGAGUGAUAUUGCUAGGGAGGCUGUCCCUCCCAUUCCAGACAAACAUUUCUAGUAUGACGCAAAAGGAACAUUUUCAUUUACAAUGCAGCAUUUAUAUUUAUGCUUUUUAAGUCUUUAUACGUCGUCUUUAUAUCUUUAUAAUUGAUAAGUCUUAAAAACAAACCUGCCAUACAAAAACAUUUAGAUUAAUAAAUAAAUAGUAUAUUUGUUUUAGCAUCACUGCAACUUCACACAAAACUGUAUAAAGGAAUAAGCCAAACACGUCUGGGUUAUUGUAGGUCAGCAUGAGUCACAUGAUAUAAUGCCUCGAGCCAAUACCCAGACUGGAUUCAGAGACUGAAACCCAACAUGCUUGUGAUGUCCAGACCUAAAAUCCCCUUUGGAGGAUGAAGUCUGUCGGACACGGCGACAGACAGAAGAAAGCUUAUAAUCCCCAGACAUCAUUUACAUGAUGAACGUUUUCUUUCUAAAUGUCUGUUUGCAAAUACACAAUGCUGAAUAUUUAGGAAAUAGACCAAAUGAUAUAGGUGAAAGGUGACACAUGUCAAGGGACUGCUUUUGAAUCUGCAGGCAGACUUCUGUCUAAACUGUACAUUUAAUUUAAAAUGACUUAUCCUGGGGAUACAUUUGUAUCUAUUUUAAAUAUGGAAAUAUAUAAGAUAAAUGUUGAUAUUUGUUACAUGCUGUUUUCAUGGGACUGUGUGUGUGUGUGUAUAAUAGUGUGGAAUACUUUUAUAAUUUAUAUCAUUAAUAUUGAAAAUAAAAGAUAUAUAAUUC